AUGGAAGGUUAUCCUUGGUGGCCAUGUCUCAUAUACAGCCAUCCGACUGAAAGAACGAUCAUCAGAGGAAAAGGGAAAUCCACGCGUGUCCAUGUCCAGUUUUUUGAUGACAGCCCUACGAGGGGCUGGGUCAGUAUGAAAUAUCUGAGGCCAUAUAAAGGUUCAUCAGACAGGGAGACACUGAAGGGAGGUAUGUUUUAUAGUACAAAGCCUGAAAUUAAAAGAGCAAUGGCGCUAGCAGACGAUGCAAUGAGUAAAGAUAAAAUGAAGCGGCUUGAACUGGCAGUAUGCAGUGAACCGUCGGACACUGAGGACGAGGAAGAAAUGGAGGUGAGUGAAAGUGCAUCAGGCAACAGUGAUGACUGCAAUAGCGAGGAGGAUGUGAAGAGUAAUAAGCGAGGAACAAGCAGGGAAAGUGCCAUAAAAGCCAAAAGAAGAAGAGUGUUGGAUUCUCACAGCGAUCGUGAUGGCUCUGACGUAGAGUUUAAACCUGAUGUGAAAGAGGCGGCAAGCAGCGAGGAGGCUAGUAGUGGGGUGGAUGAAAAUGAAUCUACUGACACGGAGACAGAUGCAGAAUCUGUUGCAGAAAGUCCCGUGAAAGUCCCUUCCAAACGAAAGAGAAGAGAGAGAAGCAAGCCUGCUAAAAGGAGUAGCUUAGAAAACGAACGUUCUGAAACACCCAAGAGAGCAGCAACGUUUUCUUCAGAAGCCAAGUCUAAGCUGACAUCCUUUGCAGCACCUGAAAAUUUUGAAUCUCAAGCAAGUGCUUGCAGUGGAGGCAUCGGUGGCUUCGCCGUAUGGGAACACGAGAAGAUUGACUGGCUGCAGGAAGGGAAAAAGAAAGACGCGCACAGAAGACGGCAGAGUGACCCCGGUUAUGACCCGUGUACUCUGUACGUGCCUGAGGACUAUCUCAACAAGUGCACGCCGGGAAUGCGGAGGUGGUGGCAGCUGAAAAGUCAGAACUUUGAUGCUGUGAUUUGCUACAAAGUUGGAAAGUUCUACGAGUUGUAUCACAUGGAUGCAGUCACUGGCGUGAAUGAGUUGGGCCUGAUCUUUAUGAAAGGUACUUGGGCCCAUUCGGGGUUUCCAGAAACUGCGUUUGGCAGAUUCUCUGAUGUUCUAGUGCAGAAGGGCUACAAGGUGGCCCGUGUUGAGCAAACGGAAACUCCCGAAAUGAUGGAAACACGCUGCAAGUCCAUGGCCCACGCAACGAAAUUUGACAAGGUUGUGCGCCGAGAAAUAUGCAGAAUCAUCACCAAAGGAACUCAGACUUACAGCAUCAUGGAUUGUGACCCCUCGGAGAACCACAGCAAAUACCUUCUG